CUCACGAGCAAAUACAACAAACCGUUUCCCGUCACCCUACUACCCUCUGCGAUCGGCUAUUACUUGGGAGUGCAGUCCGGCAAGCGACAAGCUGAAACACUGGAGGAAUUUCGUGGUGUCCACCAAGAGAAUCAAGCCAUGUUGAGGCAGAUAUCCAAUAAUUCAUCGAAAUAG